AUGUCCCGUUCUCCCAACUAUGGCGGAGGCUCAGGAUCCCUGUCAGCGUCAGAAGAAGAUGUAACUUCUGCCAACUACCGUUUGUCGCCAGGAGUAGGGCAGAAAGGGGUUACAGAUGGAGGCACUGCUGAGAUGAGUCGGGACUGCAAAAUUGUUAAAAAAAAAAUCCAAUGUCUCAGCCCCAAAGAAGUCAGGGACUGGGCCAGGAAGAAAUCAAUUCCCCCUAACCAAGUUGUAGCUGUGUGUAACAUGCCUCUCAAUCUGGAGAGAAAAUGUUUUGAUGAUGCCAUUCGACAGAUACAAGGGUUGGAGAAAUUCCGUCUUAUACAGACACAGAAGGAUGAGAAGUCGGGACUUGCUGUUGCUCUAGUAAAGGGUCAUAGGCCACUAAAUAAAGAAGAUUGUCCUAAGUAUUUACAGUUGCCAAAGACUCAGCUCCCCGGAAGUCCUUUGAUUUUUGCUCAAGAUGAGUCAGAAGAUGAAAGUGACCCCAAUGAUGGGGACAGUGAUCACAUAUUUUGUAUUCCACCUAGGAGAGUAAUUAUGACUGACACUGAAACAGAAGACAGUGAUGAACAUGCACAACAGUGUUUGGAACUGCCCAGAAGGAGCAGGACCCAUAGGAGGCUUCCUAAUGUUCCCACAAGUCAGAAGACAGAGAGCCUCUCCCUAACUGAAGUCUUAACCCAGUUAUCUAAAAGUGUGGUCCAAGCAUCUAAUGAGCAUAACUACAAAAGACUUAAAACUUUCUCUGGAAUUAUGCCGGUGCCAGCUGGGGAAGAAGGAUUUGUCCUGUGGAAGAGUAAUGUAACCCAAGCACUAAAGGAGUGGACUUGUACUGAAGAGUCCAAACGACUGAGGUUGAUCGAAGGCCUGAGAUCUUCUGCAUUAGAAUUAAUAAAGUAUCACCUACUACGCUUCCCAAAUUCUCCUGCUGAUGAUCUUUUAAAGGUGUUAGACCAUACUUAUGGUGAGGAGAGUGAAGAGGAGGAGCUCCGUUUACAAUAUGCUGCCACAGUUCAACAGGAGAAGGAAACCCUCACUUCCUAUCUCAUACGAUUAGAAUUAAUGCUAGGGAAGUUGUUUGAGAAGGCUGUUAUCACAUCAGAUCAGUUUGAUGAAUACAGGAGGAGGCAAAUCCUAAGAGGGACUUUACCAAAUGAUCCUAUAGCUACAGCUUUGGUCAGCCUUCUACGCGCUAAGGGAUUGUUGGAUUAUGCUGAAACAAUGAAAGAAGCCAAAAUAAUACAUAAACAAUUUGACCAUAUCCUAAAACAUCAGGAAGGCAUAGCGAAAUCAUCCCAUGAAACCCAGAAAACACCUAAGACAAAAUUACCAACAGGUGUAUUAAACAAGGAAGAAACCAUAGUUCAAAGCUCUAAAAAGAGUUCUCAAAUCUCUCCUCAGCCAGGGAAGAAAGGAGAAUUUAAAUGUUUUAGCUGUGGGCAAGUGGGACAUAUCUCUAUCAAAUGUCCCUUGAAGGAUUCUCUUUUUGCUGAGGGCCUAGUUGUUGACCCAGGCCCGGCAUGUGGCAGACGCUUGAAGAAUAGAUGGUUUGGAAGGAAGAAGUUCUCUGGUAACCACUUGGUUGAGAAUCCUAGAGUAGGGCCAAAAUCCCUUGUAUCUCUUAUGAUUGAAGGCAUCCCUUCUUUUGCCCUCCUCGACACUGGAUCUCAAGUAACAAUAGUCUUCCGGUCCUUUUAUGAGGAGCAUCUAAGCCAUUUACCAAUAUCACCAGCUAAUGAUGUGAAAUUGUGGGGGCUGGGUUCUCAAGCUUACCCCGUCGAGGGCGUAAUUAAAGUACAGAUUGUGAUCCCUCAAUUGGACACUGGGAAAGAAUGCCCUAUGCUAGUGGAGGCUUUGGUGUGCCCAAAUCGAAGUCGUCCUGGGGUUCCCAUCAUAUUGGGGACUAAUACUCAGAUGGUGAGAGAUGUGUUUCGAGUUUACUUGAAGGAAAUGGGAAAUUCCUGCUUAAACAAAUUGAAUGAACUAGAACCAGCUCUGAGGCAAGAGUGUCACCGACUAGCCCUUGAAGCCGGAACAGGUCAGUUCCAUUAUUGGGGACCAACGCCUGUUGACCUUCAACCAGGGGAAAUGAAAUCCAUUACUGCUGUUGCAGUUUUACGGGAAGGAAUGCUAUCUGGGGAGUGUCAGUUUUGUCUAGAGUCUCUUCCUGAAGAGGAUUCAACUAAAGGCUGGACUAUCAUGCCCGAGGUAAAAGACUGGAGAAGAAAAAAAAUUGAUGUGUUUGCAGUAACCAUUCACAAUCGGUCACCAACUGGUGUACGCAUAGAACAUUGCCAGAAGCUGGGAGUUAUCCAUCUUUUGGAAGAAGUAAGGCCCAUUUCAUCUCUGACAGUUGGAUUGAGCCAAGAUUCUCUUCCAGAGUUGAAAUUUGAUUUAGAAGGUACCAGUCUACCUGCAGAAUGGAAAGAUAGACUACAAAGGGCCCUUCAGGCUAGGGAAGAAGUUUUCUCUAAAGGGGAUAUGGAUGUAGGAUGUGCCACGAGUGCCCAGCACGCCAUUCGGCUAAAUGAUUCUACCCCAUUUAGAGAGAGAUCUCGAAGGAUAGCUCCUCGAGACAUUGAGGAUGUAAGAGAUAUCCUUCAUGAGAUGGAGGAAGCAGGAAUCAUCCAAGAAUCAAGAAGCCCAUAUGCAUCACCUAUAGUAGUGGUCAGAAAGAAAAAUGGGUCAGUACGUCUUUGUAUUGAUUACCGUACACUGAACAAGAGAACUAUUCCUGAUCAAUAUACCUUGCCAAGAAUAGAAGAUCUUUUGAAUGCCUUGAAUGGCAGCCGGUGGUUCAGUGUCUUAGACCUACGCUCUGGAUACUAUCAGGUUCCUAUGAAGGUGGAGGAUCAAGAAAAAACAGCUUUUAUUUGCCCUUUAGGAUUCUUCCAAUUUACUCGCAUGCCUCAAGGCAUUACCGGAGCUCCUGCAACUUUUCAGCGAUUGAUGGAGAGAACUCUAGGAGAUAUGAGCCCUAGGGAAUGUCUAGUUUAUCUGGACGAUAUAAUUGUGUUUGGAAGAACCCCUGAAGAGCAUGAGAAACGACUAUUAAAAGUAUUGGAUCGUCUACAAAGAGAAGGCCUGAAGUUGUCUCUUGAUAAGUGUAAAUUUGCCCAGACUUCUGUGACAUAUGUUGGGCACAUUGUAUCAGCAGAUGGUGUUGCCACAGACCCAGCCAAAGUAGAAGCUGUUGUCAACUGGCCUAGGCCCAACAACAUUGAAGAAUUGCGUUCCUUUUUGGGAUUUUGUGGCUACUACCGCCGUUUUGUAGAAGGCUAUUCAAAGAUAGCCCGAAGCCUCCAUGACCUCCUGAAAGGGGACUCUAGGAAGGGAGCGCAAAGGACUGCUCACUCCAAGGAACCUAUCGGAGUGAAAUGGACUCCGGAUUGUGAAGAGGCUUUCCAACUGCUCAAGAGAAAGAUGACUGAAGCACCUGUAUUAGCUUAUGCUGAUCCCAAUAUGUCAUAUAUUCUCCAUGUAGAUGCAAGUUUUGAAGGACUAGGAGGGGUUCUCCAUCAGGCGUACCCUGAAGGCCUAAGGCCAGUAGCAUAUAUUAGUCGGAGUCUUACUGGAAGUGAAAAGAACUACCCAGUACACAAGUUGGAGUUUCUUGCUCUGAAAUGGGCUAUUGUGGACAAAUUGCAUGACUAUUUGUAUGGUGCCCAGUUUGAAGUGAGGACAGACAAUAACCCUCUCACCUACAUCUUAACCACAGCUAAGUUGGAUGCCACAGGACACCGGUGGCUAGCAGCCCUAUCUAACUAUGAUUUCUCUUUAAAAUACAAGCCAGGUCCUAAAAAUGUGGGAGCAGAUGCUCUAUCUAGGAGGCCUGGAUUACCUGUUACCAAAGAAGAUGAGGAGUGGGUUGAGAUUCCAGGCCCAGGAGUCAGAGCCCUAUGUCAGACCUCUAUUGUGGAAGAUGGAUGGGUCAAUUUUUCUGAGUUAAGAUGUAUUGAUUCUCUUAGUUACACACCCAAGGCAAUUCCUGAAGCCAUGUGCCUUCCAAUUACUAUCCCUGAAUGGUCUGUUAUCAGCUUAGAUGAGAAAAAACAAGCUCAAGCUCAAGACCCAGUAAUCGGCCAUCUCAUAAAAGCUGUGGAAAAGCAGGAUUUCAAGUAUGUAAAGAAAUUGCCUGUCGAACUACAAACCCAUUUUAAAAGGGAGUGGAGUCGAUUCUGUAUUGAGAAUGGAAUCCUAUUCAGAGUCAUACAAUACCAUGAUCACCCUGGUCGAAAACAGUUGGUUCUUCCCCAAAAGUUCAGAGGAAUGGUGCUCAGAUCCCUACAUGACCUCCAUGGCCAUUUAGGAAUUGAUAAGACUUUCGGCCUAAUCCAGGAUCGAUUCUACUGGCCUUACAUGAGAGAGUCUGUGGAGAUGUAUUGCCGAAGGUGUAGAAGAUGCAUCCAGCGGAAGACUUUGCCUACUCGUGCUGCCCCCAUGGGUCACCUAACAAGUUCUGGCCCUAUGGACUUAGUAUGUAUGGACUUCCUAUGCAUCGAACCUGACUCUACUGGUAAGAGCAACGUGUUAGUGAUUACAGAUCAUUUUACUCGAUAUGCUCAAGCUUACCCCACCAAGGAUCAGAAGGCAGCCACCGUCGCUAAAGUGUUAUGGCAGAAAUUCUUUACCCAUUAUGGUUUUCCUAAACGAUUGCAUUCAGACCAAGGUCGAGAUUUUGAAAGCCGAAUAAUUAAAGAAACGCUGAGAUUGUUACAGAUUGAGAAAAGUAGAACGACUCCAUAUCACCCUGAAGGAGAUGCUCUUCCAGAGAGAUUCAAUCGAACUCUAUUGGACAUGCUGGGCACUCUCAAGGAUGUGGAGAAGAGGAAUUGGAGUCAACAUGUAGAAACUCUCGUCCACGCUUAUAAUUGUACCAGACAUGAAUCCACUGGGUUUUCUCCUUACUUUCUGAUGUUUGGCCGGGAGGCAAGGUUGCCCAUUGAUAUCCGUUUAGGAGUGUCUUCUGAUGGUAUGAGCCAUACUUCUCAUAAUCAAUAUGUUAGGAAUCUGAAAGAGAGUUUACAGAGGGCCUAUGAGUUGGCUGAGCGAGCUACCGACAAGAUUAAUGAAAAUAACAAGCGGAGAUAUGACUUCAAAGUACGUUACAAAGACAUCCAACCUGGAGAUAAAGUACUCUUGAGAAACCUGGGAGUUCCAGGGAAACAUAAAUUAGCAGAUCGCUGGAGAGAUACUCUCUUUGAGGUUAUUUCCAAAGUUCCCGGAAUUCCUGUGUAUCGAAUCAAAGGGCCUGAGGGUAGGAUCAAAGCUUGGCAUAGAAAUCACCUAUUACCUAUUGCCUUCUCUGAUGAAAAUUCUAGUUCUGAGGAAGACACUGGUGAAGCCAAUACAAAUUCUAGCAUACAGCCUCUUUCAGAAACUGACUCAGACAACCCUGGAGAAGGUCCCAGUGGGACAUCGCAAACUACUGAUAAAAAAGAAGCUACUGCUUCCAGCCCUGAAAGAGAUUGGUGGACAGUGCCAGAAACACAGUCGGUGCCUCCUACCUCUACUCCCUCUCCUUCUUCCUCCUCAUCCGGAUUGAAUGCUGAGAGUCCCAGCUUUGUUCCCCAUCCACCAGUCAGGGACUCUAACUCUAUGGAAGGAUCUGGGCAACCACAGAGCAACCUGGGGAGAUGCAGAAGAAAUAGGAGACCCCCAAGAUUCUUGACCUAUGAUACCAUUGGGCAACCCACCUAUUCUCAGGACCCCCACACUUGCACUAAAUUAAUCAAUGUAUUGCAUGUUUUGACUGAAAUAUUGAAUGAUAGAACUUCCUUGUAUUAGAUUUUGUUGUACCAUCUUGUAAAACCGUAUGAUAGAUUGCUCUUGCCAGUGGAAGGCAAGAAUUUUACAGAGGGGAGGAUGUAACAGACUGCUAUAUUUUGCUGUUUGCUUUAAGUUGGUGAUUUUGAACUUUGCCCUUUUAACAUGUCAUGUAAGGAGGAGGGGCUAGAGUGGCAAGAAGAAGAGGACAGGGGUGAAGCCAUGUUCUCUGGCUCUGCAGAAAGAAAGUGUAUUCCUACUGUUUUUUUUCCCCUGAUUAUCCACUUCUGCUGGGACAUUGAAAUAAAAGCAAGGGAGGUCUAAUGCACUGCAAGUACAAGAGUUAGAAGACUGUCAUUUUAUGUUCAGCUCCCUGCAGACAUCUGGAACUUUCUGCAGUUUUCACAGUCUGUCAGCAAAAGGAAGAGAAAGGAUUGCUAUCCUGCUCCUGCCCUCCAUUUUGCUGGACUUCUGGAUAUUUCUGGUAAGGUGCACUCACAGCCUUGUCAAGGACCAGGGGAAUCUGCACCUAGCCAGUUUUCCUUGUUUGUUAGAACUGGAGAUAUCUACAGUUACAGGUGUCAUUUAAAGGUACUAUCUUCAGAGAUUACUUCAGACUUUUUCCUCAUUGUAUCUGGGUAGCGCUACCAACAUCUAAGGGCCCCAACGUUGUGCACAUAAAUUACCUGCAGGUACCCAUGAGUUUAUAACUGUUUAAACAUAGUUUUUUUUCCAUGUUAUUAAGGGAAGUUUAUUGGCUGCAUUCCUGCUGCUAAAGACUCUUGUGACUGUAUUAUUCCUAUACCAGGGACUUAUUAUCAUUGCACAUUAGCCAGGAACUGCAUGUUUAUUUCUGCUGUUAUAUGUGUAUCUCUUUAACCACAAUACAGCCUGUAUUUCCAUGUCUGUACUUA